GCAGCAUGGAGGUGAAAAAGGGAUGAAAGAAGGGAUGAAAGCAGGGAUGGAGGACUCAGAGUUUGAGGAUGUUUUAGAUGACUGGUUCAUCGAGUCUCUGAAAACGUACAAAGAUCUUCAUGUGUAUCAGCUGGAAGGUCCAACGCAGGUCAUCGAGUGGACAUCAGGGAAGACCGUCUGUGUCGCAGGUUACCGUCAGUCCAAAAAUGAAAUGUUGGAGCUUCGUUUGCCGCUGAAACUCCUGGCUGAUGAAAAUAAGGGUCUCUGUGCAGAACGGGAUUUUAAAGUUAUCCACGGUGGCUUCACAGACGGUCCGGUCCGCAGCCUCAAACACAUUCCAGGAACGAGAUGUGUUGUUACUAACGACGGGCUGAACUCUGACCUGCAGCUCUGGCAGCUGGGAGGAGACGACAGCGAUGUGAUCAGGAGGACAGGAAGUGUGAAGGGGAGGAAGAGGAGGAGUGAGGAAGAGGAGGAGCAGCGAGGAAGAGGAAGCAUGAUGGCGGCUCGUCUCUGGUCUCAGAGCGAAGUUCUUCACGGCGGUCGGAGCGACGAGGUUCAGCUGACUGAUCUGGAAUCAGGACGAACUCUCUAUACUCUGGCGACAGACUCAGCCGAUCCUCUGAGCUCGUUACAGUUCCUGAGCGACAACGUUUUCCUCGCCGGCUGCUCUAACGGGAACGUUUACGUCGCCGACAUUCGAUCGCCGGCCGCUCCUCAGCUCUCGCCCCCGCCGGCGCCCCCUGCUGGUGGAGACGUGCUCUGGUGGAGUGACGCUUCCGCGGGGUCGGAGCCGGCCGGCUGCAGGCUGCUGCAGCUGUCGGCAUGUGGACAGGCGGUGGUGUCUGACCUGAGGAGUCUGGGAGGAGGAGCGGCGGUUGUGAGUCGGGCUCGGCUGGACGUUGGGACACGUCGCUGCGGCCUCGAUGAUGUCAGAGUGUCGUGGGCGCCGGCACUCAACGACUGCGUCUCCGUGUCAGGAUUCAGUGGAUCGGUUCAGAUCUACGAUGCGUCUGUCUGGAGUUCGGAGCAGCAGCAGGAAGUGGAGCCGCUGUUUGAGCAUCGUGGUCACUCCGUCUCAUCGCAGCGGUCCGACGAUGACGACGCUUCCGUCUUCAUCACGGCUCACGUCUGGCAUCCUGAGCGGCCGCGGACGCUGCUGUCUGCCGCCUCCGACGGCUCCGUCCACGUCUGGGACUGGGUCGACCGAUCGGCUGCUGGCGGCUGCUGAUGAUGUCACGGUGAGCGUCCAAUCACAGGAGGAGCCAGAAACCUUCCUGUGUGAGGAUGAAGGACUUUUCUCUGUGCUGUAAAAACUGUUUUUAUAUGAAUUACAGAAAGGUUGGAAAU